AUGCUAAAGAGCCAUAUGAAAUCACAUGCGACGAUAUAUCAAUAUCACUGUGCUGACUGCCAAACGAAAGACAAUUUUUACCAUACCUUCAAGAAGCAUCUUGAGGCGACCGGACAUCGACAAGGGAAAACCUUCGAUGAGUAUGGAAACCCUUCUGAGAAAAUAAUUGAUGUCGGCGGAAAGCGCAGAGGAUUGAAAAAGCCUGCCCAAAUAGAAACAAAAAUCUGCGCAGCAACAGUGGUGUCUCCUCCAGAAACUCCACAUUAUUACUUGAGCCCUGUUCAAGUCGCACCACUGGACCUGAGCAAAACAGGUUCAAGUAUCAAUCCAAUGGACCUAAGCUAA